AUGGUUUUACCAACACCUACAACAAAUGUCGAACCACAGCAACAAAAAGUUGGAGGGAAUUAUUUUGUCAAUCAUUCUACUUCAACAAAUGUUGAUUUAAUAAAAUGUUUUCUCUGUCAAAUGUUAUAUAAAGAACCAAAAGUUUUGGCAUGUUUUCAUUCUUUUUGUAAAAAUUGUUUGGAACGUCAAAUAAAAAUUAAACAAGAAAUAUCAACUCCAAACAAACCACAAUCAAUUAUUUGUCAAAUUUGUUGUCAAGAAACCCAAUUAAAUCCACAAUUAGGCAUUGAAGGUUUACUUUCUGAUUAUGGACUAGAAAAUGCUGUACAGUCUUUGGGGACGUCUACUACGCCGUAUAGUGAGCAAAGCGAAGACCUCGGUUUUGGCAGUUUAAAAUCCUCAGAUGGAUGGCCUGCACAACAAGUUCCAGAUUAUUUGCCUUCUUCUAAUAAUAAUUCUUGUCAGCAACAAUCAAAUAAUUUAAAUAAAGUUCCUUCAAAUGUGUGUAUGUGUUUGGAGCAUCGCCAACAACCUUUAGUCUUUUUUUGUCAAUAUUGUCAACAUGCAAUAUGCCGUGAAUGUGUUAGAAAACAUAAGGAUUGUAAAAUUGAUCGAAUUGAUAAUGUUUCUAAUAAACAAAUUAAAAUGAUGGAGGUAAAAAAAUUUUUUUAA